GCUGCCUCCAUUUGAUCCAUACAGAGAAUAUCCCUCUUCAUAGGCCGUUGAUACCCCAUCAGGCUCCACUAAAGAGUUUGUUUUAUAUUACUUUGGACUUUGCUUUUUACUAUUUUGGACUUUGUUCAUAUUAGCUGGACUACAGCCAGCUUUGGCGCAACCUUCAUUUGUCUUAGCUUGGUCAUGAGCCCGACUUCUACUCUCUUGUCCCCUGCGCCCCAGUCGAGGCGAACGUGAGCAGUGGAUAGGCGGUAAACCGUUCCCCCGGCUACAUGGACCGCGACGGUCCUCCCAGUCUUCUCUGCCUCGGUGAUGAGCCGGUGUUGCACCAGGGUCAAGGAGGCUCCAGUAUCCCGCAGGCCCUGUAUAGGACGCCCAUUCAACCGGACCAGCUGCCUGUGGUGGUUCCAGUUGUCUGUUGCGACUUGGAUGGGGUCUGAUUUGUGCAGGAUGGCCCAGGCUUCUUCUGAGGUGCUUGGAGGAUACGUGGGGGCGGCCUGGUAACAGUGGGCUGCCGCUCCGGGGCUAACCCACUGGGGGCGGCUCCAGGACUGAGGGUAAUCCCUCCUGAAGUAGCCCGGUUGAUGGUAGUUGUGGCAUGUUGCCCACUUAGGGUGGCCCCCUUGGGGUUGGCCCAAGGGCCAGCUGGUAUCGGGUGGUGUGAAGGUCGCAGGGGGGGGGUCAGUAGUUGGACACAGAUGCUGGACGUGACGGUCGGCCUGCUGGGUGGCCUCGGUAAGGAUUUUGAGCUGCUGUUCUCUUAACCAAGGUGCUCCCAUUUAUGCCUUGCCUCUGCCCACCCUGUAUUUUAUGAUGGCUUCAUAUCCUGCUCUGCUUUAAUAUACAAUCCCAUUUCUUUAAAAUUUUAUCUUAAUUUUUUGUUGGUGAGGCCUCACAAUUCUGUCUUACCUGACACAUUUAUUUCCUUCCUGAAUUGUGAGAGCCCUGACAAGCUCACCCUGCAUGAGUUCUGAUGCCUGUAUUUGUGUUUCUACUUCCCUGCUCUCUUUGUCAUCCAUUACUGUUUUUCUUCCUUAUGUGCUUUGCUAUAUAUCGAACAAAAGCAUAGCAUUUUGGGAGGGUUUACAUCCCAUAUGUUAGAUUUGAGCGAUCUCACAUCACCUAGGAGGAAAUUUUAGUUUUCUGACUAAAAUGAAUGGGCAGUAUCCUUUGGAAUUCACUUAAUUUCUUUAAGGAGGGCUCAAUUUUAGGGCUCAGCGACUGCUGAAUGUUACACGUGUAUCACAUCAACUCCACAUUACACUCACGAUUAAGUUGAUCUAACCAAGAGUAUUUUAAUUAAUACUUCACCAAUUGAAUGUUCAACCCUUGAGGACACAAUGGACAAAUAAAAUUAAAAGUUACCAUGCAAGUAGGCCCAAGAUGAUCUCAGCUCACACCCCUUGGAUGCCCUAGAUAAGUUUUCACCCUAGGUUGGAUUUUCAGCCUAAGGGAUGACACCAGAGGUGCUCCAGGCACAAAAGGGAUUUAUUUCCAGGAUUUAUUGACAACCAUCAAACACCUAUUUUCUGUGGAUUUGGCAGUACUCAAAGAGGAAUUAUAUACCCUUACGGGUUUCAUAAAUUCUACAGAGGAUGAUACAUCUAACCUGAAGAUGACCCAGCAGGCCUUGAACCUGAUCGCCUUGCACAAGCCACAACGGACCCUUUCGUCCAGAAUGGACACCCUGGAGGAUGCUGCAAAACAGCAAAACCUGGAAAUUAAAGAUAAUCCUGAGGAGAUGCAGGCUGCAGGGGAAGUCCAUGAAUCUGUGAGACGUUUAAUACUUGCCCUUCUUUACAAAAAAUUCAAGACCUUGCAACUAGAUUUAAUGUUUCGCAUUGCCGGGUCUUCUACUGUGCUGCCUUGAUGUAUUAAGUAACAUAGUCACCUUCAGCACAAUUACUGAAAAAAAAAGCAGAUAUAUAGCAUGCGAUGAGGAGGAUACUGUGGAGAAGGUGUAUAGUGUGUGAUGGGGAGGAUACAGUGGAGAAGGUGCAUAGUAUGCAAUGAUACUGUGGAGGUGUAUAGUGUGUAAUGGGGAGGAUACAGUUGAGAAGGUGUAUCGUGUGUGAUGAUGAUACUAUGGAGAAGGUGCAAAGUGUGUGAUGAGGGGAAUACUAUGGAGAAGGAGUAUCGUAUGUGAUGAGGGGAAUACCAUGAAGAUGGUGUAUUGUGUGUGAUAAGGGGAAUAACAUGAAUGUGUAUUGUGUGUGAUGAGGGAAUACUGUGGAGAAGGUGUAUAGUGUGUGAUGGGGAGGAUACAGUGGAGAAGGUGCAUAGUAUGCAAUGAUACUGUGGAGGUGUAUAGUGUGUAAUGGGGAGGAUACAGUUUAGAAGGUGUAUCGUGUGUGAUGAUGAUACUGUGGAGAAGGUGCAAAGUGUUUGAUGAGGGGAAUACUAUGGAGAAGGAGUACUGUGUGUGAUGAGGGGAAUACUAUGAAGAAGGUGUAUUGUGUGUGAUGAGGGGUGUGACAAAACCCCUGUUUUAUGGAUAACAGUGCCCUUUUUGUAUGCCGUUUGUGUAUUUAGCCCUAUUUAUUCCCUUUUAUUUAGUUUACCGAACAAACGAACGAACAGCCGGACCACACCCAAGGGGAGUGUGCACCCUGUUAACCUCUUAGAAGCUGUGGUUAACCACAGCUAGUUGACGAACGGCUGGGUGGUCACCGUUCGUAUGAACGAACACGCGGCGGCCAUCUUAAACUGUCGAACGCCCAGCAGUGUUUUGUCGUCGACCGCAUGGAACUGUUUUCGGUCACUUUUACCCACGAACAUCACUGGGACUUCCAAACUUCCAUCCCUGCGUUUCUGUUCAUACGAACACAGCACCGUUCGGUGCAUUAAAAACUCAUGAACUAGACUGACCUUGAUAGCUAACAGCCAGUGAACUAAUUCUGGAAAGAUUUAUGCCGAACAGUCGGUGAAAACCUUCUAACUCCAUGGCGAUUCGACUGUGUUCAUAGGAUCUGAGCGCUUUUCAGAUAUAUUGAGCGCUCAGACCCAAGCUAUCUGGGGAUAUGUCGAAUAUGGGGGUUCAGUUAUGUGAAAUAUGAGUUAUGUAUUUUAAUGUGUUUUGUUACAUUUAUAACUUGGAAAUAUUUUCUCUACCUGGAGAUAAUUAAGUUUACUACUUAACCCAGUUAUCUCCAGGAUAUAGAGGAGGAAUUUUACUGUUUAUGUGGGAGUGUUUUUACAGUGUACUAUAUGUUGAUUGGUUACUGUAAACUGUGUCCCAGUCCUCCACAAGGUCCAUGUGGAAGUAUCCCUUGCUGGCAGACCUGCAUAAAAGGCCAAGCUGUGGCCACCAUUAAACAGAUAGUUUUACCCCUUCAUGAAGUCCUGGCUCAUGUUUGGGGGAUUGGGAGCUAUAAUUCACUACACCUUCUGCUACACUUGGAUUUCGGGAGAUUCUGCACGGAUAUACUCAGCUAGAGUAUAGGGGAUCCGUUGCAAGGGAAAUACUAUGAAGAAGGUGUAUAGUGUGUGAUGAGGGGAAUACUAUGAAGAAUGUGUAUUGUGUGUGAUGAGGGGAAUACCAUGGAGAAGGUGUAUCGUGUGGGUGAUGAGGGGAAUACUAUGGAGAAGGUGUAUCGUGUGGGUGAUGAGGGGAAUACUAUGGAGAAGGUGUAUUGUGUGGGUGAUGAGGGGAAUACUAUGGAGAAGGUGUAUUGUGUGUGAUUAGAGGAAUACUAUGGAGAAGGAGUAUAGUGUGUGGUGAGGGGAAUACCAUGGAGAUGGUGUAUUGUGUGUGAUAUGUAUUGUUUUUAAGGGUCUCCGUCAUUUCUUCUGUAACUUACAAUUCUUACACAUGCAAUUUAAAAUAAACACAUUUAUUGGUCCUAUUAAGUCACAAAGAUAAUUUUUAAAAAAUACUAGUUUUUUAAUGGAACAUAUUGUUUAGAAAUGUUGAUACCUAGUAAUUUAAUGGUAGAAUAUGGAGUGUGCACACUUUAAAAAAAAUAAGAUUGAAAAAUGAAAAAUACAAGUAAAAAAAAAAAUCGCAAUGGAAAAUAAAAUAAAAAUAAAGUCCAACCUUAUUGGUGAGAAGAGAGACUUGAUGCUCUUAAGUUCCGUUGGUCUUGGGUGUUGCUUUGGAUGUAAGGUGUAGAGAGCCCGGUGUGGGUAUUUGUGUAGCUUCUGAGACUGAAACAAUACGAUAUGGACCUAACAUCCACUAAAUCAGCUGGCAUGUGUACAUACAGACAACAGAAGUAUAGAAGAUUAUAGCUCCGUUGGGAGUGGGUAGGGUGAUCCCUGACACCGGGAUCAGACAGUGUACACAGGCCGGUUCGGGAGACUAAUGCUCCCCCUGGUGGGCGUUCGGUAACACGAACAGGCGGCCAUCCAGGGGCAGCACGCGCCGCUCAUUCCCCUGCGGUUUUCACACCUUGUUAGUGAGGUGUGAACAUUCUAAUUGGAGUAUCAGGGUGGUCCAGC